CAACACUAGUGCACUAAACGGUACUACAGAGCAGUAAAGUAGAAAGAAAAAGGAUGCUAACGAGACAUAAAACCGCUGACGUCAUUUUCAAGCGUCACAUCUUUGUCAGUGCACAAAAUGGCAUCGUACUGCUUGACCGUCUCUCGGCUUCAGCUUAUCCUGGGCCAUGGAGUUCGACGUCUUCAUGUGUCUGCGGCCCUUAGUGCCAAAGCCAAGGUGUCUAUGAGUCGUUUUGAGCCCAGCGCCUACAUCAACUAUGAAAAACUCCAAUCCAAUAUCAAUAUUGUGCGCAAAAGGCUGGACAGGCCGCUUACACUUUCAGAGAAGAUCGUCUACGGGCAUCUGGAUAACCCUGAAGGUCAGGAGAUUGUUCGGGGUCGUACAUACUUGCGUCUGCGUCCGGACAGAGUGGCAAUGCAAGAUGCAACAGCUCAGAUGGCUAUGCUGCAGUUUAUCAGCAGUGGGCUGCCCAAAGUGGCCGUACCUUCCACCAUUCAUUGUGAUCACCUUAUUGAGGCUCAGAUAGGAGGAGCCCAGGACUUGCAGCGAGCAAAGGAAGUAAAUCAGGAAGUUUACAAUUUUCUUGCCAGUGCAGGGGCUAAAUAUGGUGUUGGUUUCUGGAAACCGGGCUCAGGAAUCAUUCAUCAGAUUAUUUUGGAAAAUUAUGCCUAUCCUGGAGUGAUGUUGAUUGGUACUGAUUCACACACACCUAAUGGUGGUGGAUUGGGCAGUAUCUGCAUUGGUGUGGGAGGAGCUGAUGCUGUUGAUGUUAUGGCAGGAAUUCCCUGGGAGCUUAAGUGUCCCAAAGUCAUUGGUGUAAAACUGACAGGCAGUCUGUCAGGUUGGACUUCACCAAAGGAUGUUAUCCUGAAAGUGGCAGGCAUCCUUACUGUAAAAGGUGGAACUGGUGCUAUUGUGGAGUAUCAUGGUCCUGGGGUGGAUUCCAUCUCUUGUACAGGAAUGGCUACUAUCUGUAAUAUGGGUGCUGAAAUUGGUGCCACUACCUCCGUCUUCCCAUACAAUCACCGUAUGAAGACGUACCUGGAGAAGACAGGCCGUGCAGAAAUUGCCAGUCUGGCUGAGGAGUACAAAGAUCUGCUUGUCCCUGAUGCUGGCUGUGAAUACGACCAACUGAUUGAGCUGAACCUGAGCGAGCUGAAGCCACACAUCAAUGGUCCUUUCACACCUGACUUGGCUCAUCCAGUGUCUGAAAUUGGUGCUGUGGCAGAGAAGAAUGGCUGGCCUUUAGAGGUUAAAGUUGGUCUGAUUGGAAGCUGCACCAACUCAAGUUAUGAAGAUAUGGGUAGAGCUGCCUCUCUGGCAAAGCAGGCUCUAGACAAGGGCCUCAAGUGCAAGGCCAUUUUCACAGUCACCCCUGGCUCUGAACAAAUCCGUGCUACCAUUGAAAGAGAUGGUUAUGCUAAGAUAUUGAGUGAUGUUGGAGGAGUUGUCCUGGCCAAUGCUUGUGGACCGUGCAUUGGACAAUGGGACAGGAGAGACGUUAAGAAAGGGGAGAAAAACACCAUAGUUACAUCGUUUAACAGGAACUUCACAGCUCGAAAUGAUGCCAAUCCAGCCACCCAUGCAUUUGUCACCUCUCCAGAGAUCGUUACUGCACUUGCAAUUGCGGGUACACUGAAAUUCAACCCUGAGGUUGACUACCUCACAGCUGCCAACGGAGAGAAAUUUAAGCUUGAGCCGCCCACAGGGGAUGAGUUGCCUGAACGUGACUUUGACCCAGGCCAGGACACCUAUCAGCAUCCCCCAGCUGAUGGCUCUGGACUCAGAGUGGAUGUCAACCCACAAAGCAACCGCCUGCAGCUGCUUGAGCCGUUUGAUACGUGGAAUGGCAAAGACCUAGAAGACCUGCAAGUGCUCAUAAAGGUGAAGGGUAAAUGUACCACAGACCACAUCAGUGCUGCUGGACCCUGGCUUAAAUUCCGUGGUCAUUUGGACAACAUCUCCAACAAUCUGCUUAUUGGAGCUGUGAACGUCGAAAAUGAUGCCGUCAAUAAGAUCCGCAAUCAAUUGACUGGAGAAUUUGGGGCUGUACCUGAUGUCGCACGUGAUUACAAGAAAAGUGGUGUUUCGUGGGUUGUGGUGGGAGAUGAGAACUAUGGUGAGGGAUCCAGCAGAGAACAUGCUGCUUUGGAGCCCAGACAUCUUGGGGGCAGGGCCAUCAUUGUCAAGAGCUUUGCCAGAAUUCAUGAAACAAACUUGAAGAAACAAGGCCUGCUUCCCCUUACCUUUGCUGACCCUGCUGAUUAUGACAAAAUCCGCACAGAUGAUAAAAUAUCCAUUGUUGGUCUCCAGACAUUCGCCCCUGGAAAGCCUUUGCAUGCUGUACUCAAGCACAAAGACGGCAGCAAAGAAACAAUUGAGCUAAACCACACUUUCAACGAGACACAGAUUGAAUGGUUCCAGGCCGGCUCUGCCUUAAACAGGAUGAAGGAGCUGCAGUAAUAAAGGACUGGUCCUAAAGAAAGGGGAAGGACCUACACAUACAGAAGAGUUCAGAGGCAUCAAAUAUUUAGCUUAUGGAUUUGUAAUUUGUUGAGGCAGGAAUUAAAAACACCCCAAUAAUAGUUACAGCAUCUUAUUUGAUUGACUUGUAUGUGCGUCUAAUUAAACAACCAGUAUUGCCUAAAUAAUGGCAUACAAACAGUAAAUGAUGACACGCACAAAUAUGAGGAGCAUAGCAAUGUUGAUAAGAGCCAUGACAUUUGGGUAGAGGUCUGGUAUUUCACUCAAUAGUUUCAUCUUUAAUCUAAUUGUGAAGGGAACUUUACAGUAUAUUUGUCAACUUGCAAAUACUUCUACUUUCUUUUGAUUUUACUGAUGAUUUAAUAUGUAACCCAUUCGUAGCAGUUGAGCAACAGUUGCAUAUCUUUACUCUUUGCUAAUUAUGGUACGCAGAAUCCCAAUGAGAAGUGCUCGUGUUUCAUGGUCUAUGUUGUUCUGUGGAAACUCUCAUAACUGUGUGGUCAUAGAGAGGUUGCCAUAGAGAAACAAGUGUUUAUGUCCUAUUUAGGGCUAUUUCUAUGUAAUAGAUGAACAUUUGGUUUGCUAUGCUGCCUCACAGGUUACCUUCUAACUCCAAAUCUACUGUAUAUACAAUCUGUCAUUACUGUGUGAUUCACAUUACAAACCUUUAAAGAUGAGAAAUGCUUAUUUAUUGCCACUAUAAAGGAAAGUCAACUAUCCAUAAAAUUGUCACAAAUCUUG